AAAAAGUUCAAGCGUGCGGUUGUGUUUUGCCGGGCGUCGGACGUGUCUUAGUAGACAGAAACCUGUAGCGUCAAUCUGUGUAGUGCACCAGAAGAGUCCCACUAAAGCGCGGGGGGUUUGAAGGAACGCGCAAAGAACAAACUAAACACUUUUUAGCUGCUUUGGUGUCCAGAUACAGUGACAGUGUGCAAAACGCCCGAGUAAUUUCGUACGAAAAUCAGUUCACAAAUAUUGUUACCCAUUGCCAUCGAACGAGAAGUGUAAGUGUUGCGUGAGUCGGGUGUUGCGUCCUGUUGUUUGUUUUGUUGUUAAUCGAUUUACAAAUUGCGUUAAACACAAGCCGCCGAUAGACGAGCGAACCCCUUAGCGUUUGGUAUCGGUUUUGGCAAAAAUGAAAAUUUGACGAAGCCUGACAACUAGCAGCAACGUUCGAGACGUUCUUUCCGGCAACGACACGACACGGUUUGGUCGAUUCCAUCAUCUGGUGUUGUUUUGGUUGUGAUUUAAGUGAGCGCUCCGAGAAACGCUCAGCCAUACACGCAAAGAGCUGAUAAGAGGUGAAAUCUCCCACAGCAGCAGCAGCAGUAUCGUGGGACAAAAAAAGGAAAAAAGAACGUUGUAACAAUUGAUGUUCUCUAUGGUCGAUUACUACAACGAUAUGGGGCAGUUCGAGCAGGAUUACGGCUCGAAGAAUUCGCCAACGGAUUUGGAUCAUGUGACCAAAGUGAUCGCCUACCAUCCCCGCUACUUUAAUCACUUUCUCAAAACUCAGCGAUUUGUAAUGCAGUCCGAUGGCCCGUUACCGUACGACUAUAGGAACUACAUCGCAAUCAUAGCCGCUGCCCGGCACAAGUGCACGUACCUGGUGAACCUCUACGAGGAUGUAUUUGUGGCGAAUGGAGGCGAUCCGAAGUGGCUGAACGGACUCGAACACAUCCCGGCCAAACUACGUGCCAUUGCAGACAUCAACAAAAUACUCGCCCACCGUCCCUGGCUCCUAAACAAGACACACGUGGAGCGACUAACGAAAGGACAAAACAGUUGGUCGUUGUCGGAGGUGGUACAUGCGAUCGUGCUGCUCGCCCACUUUCACUCCCUCUCGUCGUUUGUCUUCUCCUGCGGCCUGACACAGGAACUAGAUGCCGUUACUAGUCACAAAGUAGAAAACAACAACACUCUCACCCAGAAGACUGCCUUCGAUAGUCUAGACGAUCUGUACAAUGCUCAGCAGCAGCUCGAACUUUUGCCACAACACGCCGAUGAUGGUGGAAAUAUCCGUCCAGAGGUAACGGUCGAUGCGCUGAUGCAGCGUAUGAAGCGGCUGUCGGAGAAGAACGACGAGUGCAGCGAAACCGAGCUCAGCAAUCGCUUCAAGCACGUCGAGAUGCAGACGGCCGAACUACCGGCAGUUGUGCGAGAGGCACCGACCGAGGUGCCGCAGCAAAUUGGGCGCUACGUCGACGAUCCGAGCUUCAUGUACCAGGACUUUGCGAGGCGAGGGGCGGAAAACAUUCCGCAAACGUUUCGGAUACAGGACUAUUCGUGGGACGACCACGGAUACUCGCUAGUGAACAGGUUGUACAAUGAUGUAGGUUUCUACCUUGACGACAAGUUUCGUGCGGCGUACAAUCUGACUUACUACACGAUCGCUGGCCGUAAGAACGUCGAUACAUCCAAAUUUCGCCGUGCCAUCUGGAACUACAUCCAAUGCAUCUUCGGCAUCCGGCACGACGAUUACGACUAUGGCGAGGUGAAUCAGUUGCUCGAUCGCUCGCUGAAGAUGUUCAUCAAAACCGCUUGCUGUUUCCCGGAGCGAAUCACUAAGCUGGACUACGACAACGUGCUGGUGGAGCUACAGCAUAGUGAGAAGGUGCACAUCAAUCUUAUGAUCUUGGAAGCCCGAAACCAGGCGGAGCUGCUGUAUGCCUUACGAGAAAUUAUGCGAUACAUGACAUGAUGUGAAUGCGGCGGCCGUCGCCACUCGCAGCAAAGAAGAAGUGCCUUGGCCAGUAGCGAAAGAAGUUUCGAUGAUAAUGCGUGAUAUGAGACUAGAUGGAGCACGAUGAAGGGAUGGACAAUGAGAGUGUGUCAUGGUAAAACGUAUAGACGAUGCGCGGCGACGAGAGACAUUUUAUAAAACAGUCAAAGCAAGAAAUAUUCUGUUAUCGUUUUGUUUGUUCCCAAACGAAUCACAAACUUUGUUGGCUCCUGUUGAGUCGCUGUUUUUGUUGUUGAUUCACAGGAACGUGUUGUGCGAUUCGAAGCGUGUAGUUGAGUGAGAACAGCAGGUGUGCAAUGAGCAAACAGAAGGAUAAAAAGCGGUUGUUGCAAGCAACAGGAAAUAUGCAGUGUGCCACACUCGUUCGUCAGCAUGCGUCGGAUAUUUAGAAGGGUGAUAUAGUUUUAAUACAUUUUUAGAGGUACCUUUUAUUUGCUUUUGUAAGUCGUGCUAGAUUUUAACAAAAUCAAAACGAAAACCUACCAAACGUUAGGUCACAGAGACACAUGCAAUAAGCGGUAGUACGGCAAACGGCCGUUUUAUGUCACGAUUACGUUUCGAACGCCAGUAAAGCUUGGACACGUUUUCACCGUAACCUCAGGGCCAGCGAAAGAUCAGCCGUACAGAGAAUAGUCGAACGUGGGAAUGCCAGUUAUCCCGAAUGUUGAACCUUUAACAAAAACGGUAGUGCAAAUUGAAACAGUACGUGUAUCUUGAUGCAAAGUUUCGGAAGAGGUCUUGAAACGAUGCGAUACGAAAAAAGCUGAAUGUAAUUUAGAUAUCAUUUACGUGAUAGUUGACAGAGAGAUAACCUUUUGAUCCCAGAUCACGAUUGCAUCGCAAACAACCAACAAACCAGAAUUGCCUCUAAACCGACGAUUAUCCGACAUGCAUUUCAUGCAUGCGUUCUGAUGCUAGUUUUCUUUAUUUCUAUUCUUUUGGCUUCACAAUGCGAUCUUCUAUGUCCUAUGUGGCGUCGAAAAAAAUUUCUUUUCGGUUUUAUAUUAAAUAUUUGCUCUCAUGGAAAAACAAAUUUCGAAAAGUAUAACAUUAGUGUGAUUUGCUAAGCUUAACGAUAAAAAAAAAUCUGGAAUGUGUCGCUAGAUUAAAUAGUGGCAC